CACAUUCAAUCGUCGUGUAUGGUCGUGUAUCUCUGAUCCACCAUCUACCGUGUGAGGCCCCGUUGCGAGUCGGGUAACCGACAUGUACGUCUUGUUGUGCGAACGACGUAGCACUUUCGAAACGACGUUGUCGCCAAGUACGGUCUAGUUCGGCUCGGGCCUUUUUACUUGGCGCGUGCAUGCGUGCAAAAUCGCGUAUCGAGGCGUAUCUGGCGGCCUCCGAGUGGUGUGCGUUUUGUGGCGGGAUACGGCGGAGAGAGGUGUCGCGAGAAAAAGCGAACGAGCGAGCGAGCGAGCGAGAAAGGGACAAAGAGCAGGGUGAAAGACAGAGACGGAGAAAGUGCCCGCGCGCGCGUCUCAGUGUGUGUAUGUGUGUGCGCGCUCCUCGCGCCUUCCACCGCUGCGUUUGCGUUCCUGGGACCGACGCUCGCCGACUUCCCGACGCAUCGUGUAUAUAUAAUGUAUAUAUAUACACACACACGUAAUACUCGUGAGCGUGUUGGUCGUGUUUAACCGGCGGUUCGCCCGAAACGGAGCUAGAGGUGCGCUAGAGGAACGAAGAUACCGAGGGCUGAUCGCUCGUCACGCGACCCACGGGCUAAGAUGCCCGACGUAGCUGCCGCCAGCAACGUCAGCAUCGUCAGCAUCGGCAGCAUCGAGUUAGCUAGACCACGCAGUCGUCUUUCGACUUUUGGACCUGUUUCCACCUUCCACCGUCGUCGGUUGCAUUGAUACGCGAGAUUCGUUCUGAACCAGUGUUAUUUUUAUGACUGUCGCCAAGGAGCAUGCUUGGGAUUCCGGAGGAAUAUUCGCUUAAGAGACAUUUGCGGCACGUUCUACGGAUACGACGAAACGUUUGGACAAACGUACAGUAACAGUUUCGACGAUUUUAAGUCUAUUUUGAAAUCUUACAACGAUUAAUAAUUAAUUUAUGGAUGAAGGUUGUAUGUGUAUAGUAUUUUCGACGGUUCUUGCAUUCAGAGAAUAAUAAAAAGACUAUACGAAAGAUUGUACGAAAGAGAGACAUCGAGCUAUCUGCUACGCUGCGACGUUGCAGCUGCUCGUCGUUUGCCUGUUUUGUAUGUGGCAGUAAAGCAUACCGAUCCUGGACACGUGCCAACGUUCCAUUCUUCUAGAAUAGAUUUGAGAGAGCUCUCUCGCUAUUUACCAAUGUCGAUUUUAUAAAGGUCGCUGCUAAUCAAAUAUUUUGCAAAGAUGUGUGAACAAACGGAAAUCAAUUAUCUGGAUGGAGAUGUCGUUUGGGUUAAAUUAGGAGCAUCCUGGUGGCCUGGCCAAGUCCGUGGGCUGGAUAAUUUGCCGGAAGAUAUACAAAUUGAAUUUCGAAAGAAACCAUUGAUAGCUGCUGUAAAAUUUUUUCAAGAGGACACUUAUGAAUUUGUGAAAAAUUACCAACAGAUCUACAAGUACAAUUGUACCCUUAAAGACGAAUUUAUCAAAAAGGGUAUGGAUAAAUAUAGGACCAAGAGUAAAGAUGGUACCAGUUAUAUGGACAAGUUCCCAGGCGACGUGGAGAUGGCGGAGAAAUUAACGGGAGGAGAUCCUGAUAUAUUGAAUCAGGAGAAAUUUUGUCCUGAAGAGAAACCGGAUAUCUCCGCUCUGUUCGGUGAGAAGAAAGUUCCGAAGAAAAAGCGCGAUCGCGAGGAAGGACAUAGGCGAAGCGAUGGCAUGGAUAUCGCGAAGAAGAUUACGCACCCACGCUUUUUACGCGGGGAGAGCGAACACGAAGUCCGCAUUCGUCAGCAACCCAAUAGUUUACCGUCGACUCCGACUAACGCAGGUUCCCCAGUGUAUCGCUGUCACUUCUGUAACUUCACUUCUUCGCGCGUUAACGUUAUCAUUUGUCACAUAAAAAGCCAUCGAUCCGACGACUCGCCAAUGCCACGCGUGAAGGUGAAGACGUACUCUCACGCGCGUGGUCGAAUCUCCGAUACUAGUACGCCGAAACGAAAAUACGUGAGGAAAGAUAAAAGUCAAUCGAGUAAAAAGAAGACCGAGAGUAAGCUAGAAUCAGUUAAACGGAAGCACUCGAAACAGAGUGAAAAAUCCAAUAAGAAAAAGAAAACCGAUCCGGAAUUGCGAGAAAAGUUGUUGGCCGACUGGGAUGACGAAUCGGACGAAGAAACGAACGUUGAUACAAAUCAUUCUUCAAAUAGCAGGUUAAGCAGUUUGUCCAUGGAGAAGACGUCGUCAAGCAUCGAUGAUAGUAAGGAUUAUACUGAGAAGAAUGCUGGAACUGCAGAGAAUAACGAAAUUGCAGCAGAAGCAGAAAAGCUACUUAAGGAAACCGAACAGUUAUCUUCGAUACACGUGAUGCGAGAUUCAUUAGACAGCUUACAUGCUUCGAAGAACAUACACGUUAAUUUCGACAAAAAAUCCGAUUUUGAGAAUUCUGGAAAGGAUACCAAAGCUGGUGGCGGAUCCAGUGAAACGUUAAGCAGGUCACAAAAAAGGGAUACUUCGGGUUCCGAUAGUGAGAGCAAACAGGUUUCCGAUAAGGAUGACAAAAAAUCACGACUAUCGUGCUUUGAUUUUGAUGAAGAUGAUUUGAGCGAGCCCUCUAUACCGCCUGUACGAAAAAUUCCUCGAGUUUUCGGUGAGAAGAAUUUAUCCUUGAAGAAAGAAAUUAUCAAGGAGUUCGAAAUGAGUCAAGCUCUGAAAAAUGAAAUUAAGAGAGAAGCCGAUAAACUAUCUGAAUUAAGUAAAAAUAUGGACUUGAAAGCUGACGAAAUAAUGGAAAUAAUACAAGGUAGAGACAAUCGACAAGAGAAGGAAGCUAAGGCAGAAGCUAAGGACGAAAAGCCCAACGAGAGUGUCCAAGAUAAAGCAAAAAUGAAACAAUCUGACGAAGAUAUAAAGGAAGAAGGGAAAACUAUGCGAUCCGAAGAUACGCAACAAAAAUCUAAUAUUAACACUUGCGAAACGGAGGUAGAGAUUGUGGAAAUAUUUCAAGUUGAAAGAGGAGACGGUGACAAUGGCCAUUCUUCGAGUGCUGCAAAGGAUUUUGAAAGGAAAUCGAAGACUGCUACCGAUAAGACUGUAUCGGUAAAGAGUAACGAAAUGUCAGAAAAGAAGGACGAAACAGAGAUUAAAUCCAGCGAUGAAAAAUUACUACAGUCUGAGAAAACUGGUUCAGAGGACGCGAUCGCGGAAUCUAAUGACAACGCUUCGGUGAAAGAAGCAGACGACACUUUAUCGGAACGAUUUACCACGGAAACGGAGGACGAGACCGUAUCCGAAUCUGCAGAGACUUUACCAGAACAAAGCGAAAAUUCAGAUACUGAUAUGUUAGACCAAAGUGUUGAUAGUCUUUCGGGAAACCGUAUUGGCCAGACAUUAGUUAAAAGAGGAAGAGGCCGACCACGUAAGAACGCGAGAUCGGCUGGUAAAGGUGCUAGCGCGUAUAAAAGUCCAAAGACGAAAGCUAAUAGAGGCAACAAGAGAAUUCGUGUGAGCGAAAGAAUCGAAAUCGAACGAAAGACUUCAGAUUCCGAUACAGAUCGUUCGUAUAGCGGUAGAAGACGCAAACCGAACAAGAAAUACUUGGAGUCCGAUAUAUACGUUCAAGAUUCUGACUAUAAAGCGUUCAGGACGGACGAGAGCCAAUCUGAGAGUGAGUCUAAAGCUUCCGAAAGAAUCGCAAGCAAAUCUAGAAGAGGCAGACGUUCUAAAGGAGUUGACAAGAGGAGCAACGAACUCGUCACUCAGAUGGAUAAGCAAGAGAUAGAAGUAUCUGAUCAAACGUCAACUGUCGCCGAAAACAAUGUUAGCAUCUUAUCGAUUGAUAUAAAAAACAAAGCACCUGAGGGUAAAAAGGAGAUCUUUUCCGAAGAAGAAAAAGAGAGUAAAUCUGUAGAAGUGAAAUGCGAUUUACUCAAGGAACGAGCAAAAUUUUUGGACGAAAUAGCUACUGUAAAAGUUGACGCAAAUGUAUCUUCGAAAGAUGUAGAAAUGACAAUGUCGUUCCAGAAGCCAGAAGCUACGAAUAAUAUGGAGAAAGUAGGACUUGGUACAGAUAAGACUGUGAACGAAUCAUCCGAAACGGAGAAGAAAGAAGGUCUAUCAAAGCAAAGUAAAGAUACCGAAGGCUUUACAGAUUACGAAAAGCCGUUAAUCGUAGAGCAAGUUGAAGAUACUGCCGAUAAUAUUGAAGUACAAGAUGCCAUGAAAACAAACGUGGAUAUUCUGCCGCCAAAAAAGUCUCAAAUAAAGAAAUUUGAAUUGUCACAAAUUGAUUUUACUGACGCAGAUAUUCAAGCUAAUAAAAGUGCGGAAAUUGAGCCUGAACCGGAACCUAAACUCGAAUCUCAGCCUCAGCCUGAACUUGAACCUGAAUGUAAAGUUGAAUCUGAACCCAUAAUUGAAGUUGAGAUCGAGCCUCAGCCUGAAUCUCGGAAUGACGAAGAGAAAGUAAAGGAAGAAGAUGAGACAAAGACGACGAUAAGCAAAGUAACGGAUGAAAUUGGUGAAAUUUUGAACACUGAGAACGAACAACGAAGAAACCUGAAAAGUUCCGAGUUACAGAAAAAAACAGAUAAAUCAGAUGAAAAAGAACAAGAGAUGCAAUCGAUGGAGGAAGAAAAAUCGCAGAAAACGCAGGAUGUUAAUCAGUUUAAAUUGAAGUCGCCGGGAAAGUCACCUAAAGCAGAUGACGUGAGAAAUACACCAAAAAGUCCAACGAAAACAUUAAUCGAGCAACAAUUGACACCCAAAAAAUCUUCAAUGCAAACGAGAUACAAAGGUAGAUUUACUCCAGAAACAGGUAAAGGAAGAAAGGACAAAGACUUACUUUUGGAAGAAAAACCAGCCAAUACGUUCCAGGAGGCUUUCUUGAAGACUUUACAAAUGGAUAAGAAGAAGAUUAUAGUUGAAAACGCUGAGAUGUCAUCCAAAGAGAAAAAGGAAAAAAAGACCACCAAAAGAAAAGCUGAGGAGAUCGAUGCUAGUAUCGCUGCUGUAUCUGCGCAAAGUAAAAAAAUUGACGACUUGAACAAAGAUUUGGAGAUAUCUGAAAAUAUUCAAAUCGGAGAAAAUGUACCGAUUGUGAGUGAUCUUGAAAAUGUUGAAGUUGUUGUCGAAGAAAAGAUUGAGAUCGAUACCAAAAUUGGAGAUAAUGUCCUCGAUUCUGAUGGUCAUCAGCUUGUGCCGUCAUUCGGCGAAUUCGUUGCCACGUCUAAACCAUUACUUGAGUCGGAAACACUCUCUGUUUCCGAAAAUAACACGAAGAGUAUCUCUGAUGUCAAAAAAUUGGAUGUAAUCCCGAAAACGUUUAUAGCUACAUCAUUAUUAUCGUCUGAUAUUAAUGUACCGGUAAAAAAGCGUGAGAUGCCGCGAAUAAUAGAAAGUGUAACGUUGACUGAACCGGUCCAAAUUUUGAAGACAAAGUUACUCGAUAAAGUACCGCAGAAAGGUGUGAAGCACAAGCUGGAAGUGGAUACUGCGAAAAAGAGUGAUAAAAAAAGCGGUCCCAAGGCAAAAAUAAUUAAAAUAGAGACCCUGCCAUCGAAUAGCAAGAUGAAAACUGCUGUAAAAUCCAGCCCGCACAUGUCUUUGACGAAAAAGCUUCAAGUAUUAAAGACAGAGGAGACGGAUGCGCUUCUGGAAGCGCAGAACAAGGAACAAGCCGUCGCAGCUACAUCGCAGACCGUCGUGACCACGCCGAUAACGGAAAAAUACGUACAACAGAGUGCUCAGAGUCUCGCGGAUAUGGAACUGGAUAUCAACUCGAUGCCGUUCGUUCUCAGCGAGGACGUGCUGACGCCAGAGAGCAUCGAACAAAUGCCUGUCGUUAUAUCUUCCAUUAUGCCAACAUCCAGCUCAAUUCCAGCCACGCUCUCCUUUACUCCGACUACGCAGAUAGUGUCGCCUACUCAGCAAACUCAAUUCAAGAUCGCAAACGAGACUACCGUGGCGGAAACGUCGCCGACAAAGAAAAAGAGCGGGGUGCCGGCGAUAUUGAAGACCAAGAGCAAAGCGAAACCAACCAUCACGAAUGUUAAACCGCUGGUACAGCCAUUUACCGGUGGGGUGAAGAGUUUGAAAUUUCAAAGCGCUCAGCCAGCCAGCAAACCGCCAGCCCUUUUGACGCAGAAAGGUACCACUCCAGGAAAGUAUGUUAUCGUGCAGACCACGGGUGGCCAACAACUGCGUUAUAGCGUUCAGGGAGUUCAGGGUAAGUCCAGCACUCAACAGAAAAUUGCUAUUCCAACUAGCGGCAAGACAGCAGGCAACGCGCAGGUGAUUCAACAAGGUGGCAAAGUCGUUAUAUUGACGUCGGGACAGUCUUGCCAGACCAAGAUGGUGCCGUUGAACAUUUCCAAGACUCUGAGCGGCAAAGUACAGAGGAUCGUGACGAGCAAAGGUCAGCUGCUGUGCCCGAUCAGUCCACAAGGUGGUAUAAUCGCCACCAAGACUAUUAUUACGCCAAAGGCCGAUACCGUAGCUGCCACCGUCGCCGCUACCGUCGCUGCUGCUGGCAGCUCACCUACCACAUCCAAAUUGACCACCAGUGGUCACAAGAUUAUUAAUACGCAGGGCAUAAUCACGUCCAAGGGCAUGCUUACUCCGAUUUCAGGUAAUAUCGCUAAAACAGCUUUAUUCACGGGCACGUUGUCCCAGGGAAUUCUCACCAAAGAUGGCAUCUAUACCCCGAUCAGCGCUUCGGCUUUGGGCGGAAAAACCAUCAUCGGCUCGAAGGCUCUAGUUACGAAGGGUGGCGCGACUCUUUUGACUCCUCAAGCUCAAGGUCUAGGUGGCACGAAAGCGAUCUUGACACCGGUGUCUCAAGCCAUCACCGGUAAAACCAUAUUGAGCCCGCAAGCUGUCAUCAGCAACAAAACCAUUCUGACGCCGAUAACCGGUCAGCAGGUUAAAGCCAUCGCCGCCAAGAGCCCGGUUAAAGGCGGCAAGGUGCAGUAUCAGCUACAGCAAAAGGUACAGCUGCCGAUUCUGCAAAAGUCUGCGAAGGUGCAGGCUCCGAUAUCGGUCGCAGGCUCGCAAACAAAGGCUUCCGUGAAAUCGCCAUCGGGCAACACGUUGAUUAUACAGAACACCGCUAACGCCGGUGCGGUAUCUCAAAAAACUAUGUCACAUAGCAAGAAGAUUGUCAAGCAAACGGUGGUGCAGCCAGGUACCAGCAUUCAAGGCGUCGCUUCGCCGAGCGGCACACAACAAACGGUGACGAUGGUGCAGCAGGUACAGCAGGUACAGCCGAAAGGCAAAGCCGCCGUGUCGUCAACCGUGCAAAAAGUCAUUAUACCUAGAACUAGCAACCGCCAGAUGAAAAGUCAGCAAAAGAUCGUCGUCCAGAAAAUGCAAGAACCGGCUGUAUCGACGGUGCAGAAUGUCCAAGCAAAGCAGACGGUCGUCGCGACUGCCGCCACAACCACAACUGUGACGAUUGCCGCCACCGCCACGACCGCCGUCGUCACCCUUGCUACCCCCACCAAGACGGUCGCCCAGUCGAAACAGACAACUCCCGCAACUUUCAAGUCCUCCGCCAAAUCUUCGGUCUCGAGUAAGGCACAGAAAAAUCGGUUGAACAUCGCCGUGAACUCGAUGAGCCCCGCUACCACCACCUCGAACGUGAAUAUCGCCGCGGCCAGUACCGCUACUUUAUCUUCGCUAGAACCACUCAACGCGGAGAAGAAGGCGAAAAUGGAUCUCCAGCUUGCUCCAGAUGCCCCGCAGAAAGAGCUGGGCAAAACUGAGAAAUUUAAAGAUGAAAAGUGCGACGCGGAAAAAGUGGAGGAGUCAAAGGCGGCCGCGCAGCCCCAGAUCAUGGCUCUGCCGACAGAGAGCAGUGACGGCACGCAAACCUACGUGUUGGUAACGAUAGACGAACAAGGACAGAUACAGCCACUCGAUAACAAUACUCUCAUGUCGUUGGAAGGAACGACGCAGAACCCGGACGGCACGAGAACCUUGUACAUAGAUCCCAGCUCGCUGGGAGAGGCCGGAACCCUGGAUAACAUUGUUCUUCAAUUCGACAACAGUGUCUUGCCGAAUAUUCAAGCCAACGUGACAGAGGCUAGUCAAACGACAAUCGUAAGCGAGAAUUUUCCGGCGUCGAAGGUGAUACAAACGUCCAAUCAGGACAUCCUGGCGGCCGCUCUCGCCAACACGGACUUUCAGCAGGAGAUCAAUUUGCCGGAGAAUCAAGCGGGUAGCGUCAUGACGCAGACCGGUCUGACUCAGACGAGUCUCAUCAAUCAGACCAUCCUGCAGUCAACCAUCAUCCCACCCACGGAACCGAUAUCUUCGCCCUCUGUGCUGGAGACUUCGCUGACUCUGAAUCAACCGAUCAUGACGCCGCUCGAGGUGCCGAGCAAUCUGCCGAUUCAGUCGACGGAUUCGACUGCCACGUCGGUGGUCUCCACUAUCCCAUCGUCCCUCGAGCUACCGAUCACCAUUACGAAUCCCAGCAUCUCCUACAUAUCCGCCACGGGAGAGACGCAGAUUCAGAUCCCCGGCAACUCGAUGCCGGACAUCGGCGAGAUUAUAGAGAGCCCGGCGACGGUAGCGAGCGGAGAGAUAGAUCGCACCGAGAUUCCUGCGAAUACUCAGUACCUGGUGAUUUCGAAUCUGGAGGAUAAUAUCGCGGCCACGGAAACGCAGAACGUGCAGGGCGCCGAGAUCACGAUCGCGCCGUCGACCUCGUACACGGUCACUGUGCCGAACAGCAUGAUCCUGGAGAACCCGCAGGUACAAACUACUCCGUCGAUGCCGAUCAUCGACGAUACAUACGUGGACAAUUCGCAAUUAGCCACAACGAUCGUCACCGACCAGACAUUCGUGGACGUGCCAGUAUCGGAGAUGCUGGUCUCCAAAGUUUCGGAGAACGCGCAAUCGCAGGAUAUCACGAAAUCGAUUACAUUGACCAACAAGAACUUGGACGAGGAGCAGCCUACGACCUUGCGAGAGGUUUACUCUUCUCAGCAAGUUCCCAACACAUCUGAGGAACUGAUUCUGCAGCAAUCGGCUAACGAAGAUACGGCCUCGAGCACGAUGGAAGUUGUGCGGGAAACGAAAAGCGGAAAUAAAGAGAGCGACGCUACGAUAAACGAAAUCACUCUGAUCACGUCCGAAUCUAAUUCGCAAAUAGAUUCGAUGAAACAAUUGAGCUUCGAGGUGACAGAUUCGAGCGAACGUAAAGCCGCGAGCGAAUCGCACGAGGCAAACGCGUCGGAUAAACUGAAGCAGCUAACGGUUUCUGAAGGAUCUAGUGGUAAUGCUAAGUCGGCGGAUCAGAAGGUAGCAGGCACGAACACAAAGAAGGGUCGAACAGCUUCACGAGUUCUGUCGGCUAAGUUAUCGAAUUCCCCGAGUGACGCGACCAUGGAGUUGGACAAAGUGGUCGAACCGGAUCUAUUCGCCAGAAGCACAAUUGGCAAGCAAAAUGCGGCGGAUUGUCAAAGCGACGAGCCAUCGUCGCAGGAGGAAACGGACAGACGUCGCCUGCGCCAAAGUAUGGAACUGCGAUUCGAGGAAGAGGAGGAGGCGACGGCGACGGCGACGGCGACGAUCGCGGAAGCUAGUCAAGAAACGCCUUCGCAGUCUCAGUACGAGCGGUUCAACGUGUCUGUCAGCAGCGACUUCACGGAUCUACCUAGUCAAUCCGCUUCCAAGUUGGAGAGCUCCGCAGGCGAGGCCACCCAGUCGAUCGCGUACGAACCAAUGGAGACGGACGAGGAGACUGUUGUGGCGGAACCACCGUCCCAGUCCUUCGAACAUACAAAGAUCAACGAAGCGUCCCAGUCUUACGAAGCUUCGGCGGAAUCCAAUGUGAACGCGCCGACGCAGUCCUUCAACGAGAUCGUGCAGAGUCAGGUGGAGCGACCGAGUGCCGACGCGGACGAGGCGAUUGACGAUCAAAGCUUCCCUACGCAGAGCUACGAGGUCGACAAGGGCGAGAGCAUGGCGGAGAAUUUGGAAACCGAUGCAGAGAUCAGUCAGGAGGGUAAUAUACCAUCGCAGUCGAACGACGUCGGUGUCGAUGGCAUAGGCACGUCGUCCGUGUCGACUAAUAAUUCUGGAUUGAACGAGGACGAAACAGCGAGUUCGUCCUACGUGCCGGAGACCCCUGAGAACCAAGAGCGCGAUCAGGAUCAGGAGAGCGCGAUAAGCACCUCGUCGUACGAGAUCCCGCCAUGCGAAGAACUCAACAUCGCUUCGUCCAGCGUGAUACCGGACACGUCGGUCAGCACGGAGCAUCCUGGUAUCCACGACAACGGCGUCCCGGAGAUUCCGACUUCUUCGUCGUACAACCUGAAUCCCGACAUUACGUCGACCCACCACGUGGACUCUGUGCCUACUUCGAGCGACUACGAGGACCAGGUGAUAGUCGAGCAGAACGUGUCGACGUCGUACGAGGUGCCGAUUUCGAUGCCCGGCCUGGAGGAGACCUGCUCACAGAACUUUGUCACGGAGAGCGGCGAUCGUCACCGGAACGAGCCAUCCAGUUACUACGCUCAUCAGCAGGAGGUGACGGCGAGUUACUACGAGUCCGUAGAUCAAGAUGCGAACUCGCGACUGGAGGAGGAUCCCCACGAGGAGCACGUCACGCCCGGUGGCUACUACGAGGGUAAUCCUCAGGAGGUGAGUCAGAGCUACUUCGCCCCGGCCGAGGAGACGCCCAACUACCCCAGUCAUGGCAUUUCGCCCGGCUAUUACGACCCCAGCAGACCCGAGAGCGAGGCGAGCCAGAGUUACUAUUCCACGGCUGACGAUCUGGACGGCAAGACGGAAGAGCAGUCGUCUUCGUCGCCGAACGUCGAGACGUCGCAGAGCUUCUAUCGGGAGAGAUCGAGCGACCUGAGACUGAGACAGCAGGGUGGUGAGGCCACGCCGACGUAUCCCGAGGGAUACCCGGCCGACUACACGUUGGAGAACUCGCCGAUCGAGAGGCAUGAUCUUGUGGAGAGCUCGGUGCCAGCUACUAGGCCUAUGGACAGGUAAUAUAUUGUCGGGGGUAAUGGUAACGAGUAACGACACGUGUUUCCACUUGAAAUAGACUAUGCGGCGGGCGCACCGUCCGCACACACAUACACACACACACACACACACACACACACACAAACUUUUGAAUCUAUUUUUAAAUGUAAAUAUAAUGCGUUAAGUUAAUUAUAAUAUUGAGUAAGCGCUUAGACUUAGACUGCAGUAAAACUUGGCGUUAGAUUUUAUCGCUAAGCUCCUAGAUGUACAAGAGCGAAUGCACUCGCGCGUACGAGCGCGCGUGCAUUUAUCCAUACUGAAACAAAAAGAAUAAAAAACUAAAAGCUAAAACAACCGCGAAUAUAUUCCGCGGAUCAUAGGAUUCGAUAUUAUAGAUACACUUUCAUUAUUGCAUCAAAAUAUUGUUGUGGUCUUGAUUUUAUCGUCAUCGACGUUUGAUAUGAAAGAGGAAAUGUUCAUACAAUCGCUAGAGUAAAUGAAGAAAAAGCAAGCUAUUUAUAUAUAAAGGAUACAUACAUACAUACAUAUAUAUGUGUAUAUAUA